GUGAGUGAACGAGGGAUGGUGAUCUUAGAGUAGAGGGAGGGGUUAUAUGCGUUGCCCUUGUUACUACUAUCUAGCAGUUUUUACUUUGGUUCCUGGUUCCUGGUUCCUGGAUUCGGCUUUCUAUGCUUAUUGUGCAGUUCUUCUGGGGGUUGAGUUUGGACUAAAACGUAAGGAGGGCAGGGUAGCAGGUGGAAUGGGAUGUAAGGAUGCAGUUCGUGUUAAGGCUGUUGUGUUGCUAGAUAGUAGUAUAUCUUUUUUUUUUUUACUUCCGUGGGGGAAAAGGAUGGGCUUGAUUGGUAAGUGUGACGGUGUGUGGACGGGAGUUUGUCUACAUGUGAGGUUAUUAUGGUGAUUGCAGGGGCUGAUCUUAAUAUUGAUUUCAUGUAUCCUGGACUUUCGGGUGAGAGUAAGGGAGGGUUGGAGGUUGUGAGUGUUGUACAUACAAACAUGUUGAAUGUUGAGGUGUUUUGCGGGUUAGGGCUAAUUUCUGAAUCUUGGGGUCGGGCUCGUGAGAGCCCAUUUUCGUGCAGCGAACGUGUACGAUUUCUGGGGAUUUUUUUUUUUUUAAUCAAUACUCCGACUUCGUGGUUGUCGGGGGUUAUUUUUUGUUUUUUGUUGAAUUUUUGGCUUUGUUUAUUUCUUUCCUUUCUUUUUUUGGGGGGGCUGUGGCUUUCUGCUUAUUUCAAGGAAACCCCCUUGGGCUGCAAGGGAUGGCUCUACUAUUUGUCAUGCUCUAACUGUCCAUGUCAUCAUUGCAUUGCCGUAGUAUCACUACUAGUAGUUCUAUGCCUUACAUACAAAAGCUCUGUGGCCAGUAACAAAAAGUAUCGAAGAAAAUCUGUAUGAACAAAAUAAACAGCCACUUAGAGCUUGCUCUGCGGCGUUGCCGUGUACAACGACUGGUUCCGCUGCAUCGAUUCCAGGGCC